UCGAAAAUCAGUGACGUUAAGCACAGGAGCAGUUCAAGGAUUCAAAACCUGCAGCAAUUACAAACAUACAGCAGCUUUUAGCAAAUUCGACACCUGUAUUAAAACGACAAAAUAAGAAAAAAUGACUCGUUACUCGGCAAUGCGCAAACGUACAGAGGCGGUGAGAUACUCCCUAACGUGCAGGUUCUGCGGCAAUAAGCACCCAAUCAGGCUUUGUCCUGUAUUUCGGGCUACGGCACCCAGGAGUCUCACCACACACUACUACAUAUCGACGACGCAGCCGAAAAGCGCACGACUCGUCAACAGAACACCGACCUCCUCUCACUUGGCAGCGAACACAACCACGACGUCGGCGAAACCGUCCGCGCCCACAUGGGAGAGUGGAAUCGAGUGCAUUCCACCGCCCAAUGAGAAGCGGUUUCCGAAGUGGGCUAGCAACGAAUCCACAAAGAGCAACAUACGCGCUUCAAUGCUUGACGCCAGUGGCACCAACCGCGGUAGUGAAGAUCGAGGCAGGAGGGCGCCUCCACUUGAUCCGCGCACUUAUCGACCCGUGCGCUAUGACCUCUUUGAUUGCGUUGGACCUCGCGCAGGAACUCCGCUUGGGUGUAACGGAAGUCACCAACCAACGAGGCUACUUCCUUAAACUGCGAGGCCAACACGGUCAAUCGGCAAUAGUAACGACGCAUGCGGUCGCCAUUAAGAACUUUGAGGGACGAACGCCGGUAUCUAGUCUCGACGCUACAAUCGCCGGAUCCUACUCUAACCUAAAACUUGCAGAUCCGGGCUUCCAUAUU